GACACUCCUUUCACAGUAAAUAUCCACCGCCCCCGCCCGCUCUCUCCUCCUCUCCGUCUUCAAGAAUUCCGUCUCCUCACCGUCGAUUAUCCACCAACUCGUUCUUUCUCGUACCUGAAACCCUAAUCUUUGUAUUCGAAUUCUCAAUCAUGGGCGAGGAGGCGGGCAGCGAUGACGAAUUCGACCGCCUCUCGGCUGCCGACGAUGUAAGCAGCGGCGGCGACGACGACGACGGCAGGGUUCUCGAGUGGGAGCUCGGUCUCCCUAGCGGCGAGGAGCUCACUCCACUGUCCCAGCCCUUGGUACCGCCGCAGCUUGCCUCGGCUUUUAGCGUCAAGCCAGAGCCGGCCCGGACUGCGCUCGACGUCCAUCGGGCCUCCCAGUCCACCAUCUUCGGCCUCCGCCGCGUCGCCCCCUCCUCCGAUGCCUCCGCCGCCUUCAGAUCCUUCUCCCCCUUCCCGCCCGCCGCCGCUGAUGAAACCGUGGCCUUUGAGGGCGACGAUCCGGUGGUCGCCGGUGAGUCUUCAGGCAAAAUCCCACUUUUUGGGCCCAUUUCGCCCUGCGCUGAAUCGCCGGAGGCGGAACCGUCUACUCCCCAGCCGGACGAUUCGAGCGACGACCACUCCGCGAGGGCCCUGAAGCGGCCGCGCCUCGUCUGGACGCCGCAGCUCCACAAGAGGUUCAUCGAUGUGGUCACCCAUCUGGGGAUCAAGAACGCGGUGCCGAAGACCAUCAUGCAGCUGAUGAACGUGGAGGGACUGACGAGAGAGAACGUCGCGAGCCACCUCCAAAAGUAUAGGCUUUACCUGAAAAGAAUGCAAGGAAUCCCAGACGAGGGGCCCUCGCCAUCGGAUCACCUGUUCACCUCAACGCCGCCGGCGACACAGAGUCUUCACGAGCAACAUGUCCACACGCCCAUGCGGUAUGCCAUGCCGGCUAUGUUCUCAAUGCCAGUCUUUGGAAUGGCUCCUCCACAUGGACAUGGUCGUCCGAUCACAAUGGUGCCGGCUGUACACAAUCACGGAAAUGGAGCUCAUCAUGCGUUUGAGCCACAGCAUCCUUAUGGAGCUUUCAGCGAGCGGCACAAGGAUUGGUAUAGUGGGAACAGUUUUGGUUCCAUAGCUUCGUAUCCACAUGUUACUCCUAAAAACAAAUAGGAUUUUGACUGAAUCAAGAGCUUUGCUUCUUGCUACUUUUUUCUGCCGCUGCCAUGGUUUUUUCUGGAACUUGUUUAAUAGGAAACCAUUUCAGCUAUAUUAUCUGUUAUCUGCUUUGAUUUAUAUGCUUAGAUUAAGUCACUUUGUUAAACUGUGAUUAUUUUCUUUUGAGGUUGCGUUGAGCUUACAGAGUACUAUUUACCAUGAAUGCGUAGGGAGAAUUGUAUGGUCUCAAUAAUUUUUUAUGCAAUAACUACCAUACAAUUAUUGAAAGGCUUUUUCCAAUACCAGUUAACAAGAUGAACUUUGAAUGUAGUUUUCGGUUUAUGCAAUGUACCAGGCACAAGCAUGUUGGAGGCAGUAGUAGCAAAGGUUUUUAUUUUUCUUUUUUUGUUUUGAAACUUUCUUCUAUGAAGAUGAUGAUUGCUCUGAAGGAUUUUAUGUCGGAUAAUUCUCGUUUAAAAUUAUCUUGCAAACUGAUGCUUUUAAUAUCAUCCGAAGGAGGGUUUAUUGGUCGGCAUAAAGAUCUUUUCUUCUUUUGAUCCACCACUUAAUCCUCUUUCAGAGCAAGAAUGAGAUAGUCGUUCAUCUUAAAUUUUAAGCAUUCAUCAGCUGGUUAUCUAAUUGAAUUGCCCAACUUUUAGUUCUUCUGCUUUCUCUUGUGCUCCUGUAUACAACAUUAGUUUGUUUUUCAUUGUAAUUUUUGACAGAUUGCUAUUUGAUCACACUAUGAUGUGCUUAAAUGGUGAAUGAAGGACUCCUAAUUUGACAGGAAUACGGGAAGGCCUAGAUGGUUACGGCUUAGGUUAUGAAUUAUGAACUUGAGCUUGUCUUUUGAAGUCUAAAAGAAAUGUUAGCAAUAUCAGAGUCAAGAAAUCAUGCCUAUACAAUUGAGUCAAUAGAUGUUCUGUUUUUCUGUCAGUUUCCAAAUAUUGUUGAUAUUUGGUUCGAGUAGUUUUGAAAGGGGAACGCUUCCAUAGAAAAAACCGGACUCAUGCUAUCUGGUUAUUGCUGUAUUAAUUCACCGUUAAUGCUGCUUUAUAUAUUAUUUAAUGAUCUUUGUACACAAAUUGUGUUGUGUAAAAGUUGCUUAGGGUGUUUUUGGUUCGCUUCAAAGUGGAUCAAAGUAGAAUUUGGUUUGAAGUGAGCUUGCUUCAUUUCGCUACUAGUGAAGGAUACUAUUUAAAAGAAGUCGGAAAGAACUCCAGCUCCAUAUCUUGACUGCUGCUAGGGAGGCCUGAAGUAAAGGUCCAAGAUCAAGCAUACCUCCUCUAUAGAACUUGUCUAUGGAUGAACAUGGACGGAACAUUUGUCGUUUGAACCCUGGGGCUGAAAAAACACACCUGGAUCAUCUCUUAGGUCAACCCACCAUUUACGUUCAAUCUCCAAAGUGAUAUAAAGAAUUUAUCAUUGCCACACAUUUAUUCUUGAUGGUGAGUGUAUUGCAUUUCAUCAGUAAGGUAUCUGAUACACAGUGAAGAAAAUGUCACUGCAUACAAAACAACAGAACUUGCCGUACCACUCAAUAAUAUAUUAUGCAUUUAGAGGUUGGAUUUUUUAUGCUCUUAUGUGAUUGGCUUUAUUAUGUUAUUAAAAUAUUGUCUAAAGAAUUUUCUUGUUCAUAUUGUUGUCUAUUCUAACCAGAGAAUAUCUCAUUUCAGGUUUAGAUUAUGUUUUUAUUGAUGUCUAUUUGCUUCAGUCUCCAUUUUCUUUCCUUGUCUCAUGUAAGUCUAAAUCAGCAAUUGCAUGUCACAAUUGUACUGAACUGUGGGGACAUGGUAGCAAAACUCAGCAUGGAGCUGUGCCAUUGGUACGGCAACACGGCAUUGGUUUUUCAGAGAGCCUCUGCCGGUUGGCACAAAGCAUGAACAGAGGAGUCCUUUUUUUUUUUCUGCUUUACAUAUUCUCUUUGAUGUGUGGUUUAAUGAUGCCUAAUGUUUUUUUGACUUCUAGUAUCUACUUAUUGUGACUGUGUCUCUAUUCAUAGUGUUAAGACCCCAUACUUGAUCUACCUAUUAUGACUUUUUAUAUGUGGGAGUUUUACAUGAUUAUGGUAAAUUGUAGUUAUUGGUCUAAAUAUUUCUUGCAUGUGAGAAAUGGAUGCCUGUUAUUUCAUCAUUAAUUGCAAAUUAUCUGCUGCCAUGUCGUCCAAAAUCUGCCAGUUUGGUCUAACAAUUUUUUGUUGUUUGAGAAUAUUAAUUCUUCUGUCCAUUUCAUCAUCCAGUAAUUAUAGCUCUCUUUUAGAUAGUACUACAGUAGCUCUUUGACUUGUUACUAAAUGAACUGUGAUAUGUUUCUCUCAUUUAAAGUACACAUUUCAGGAGAAAUUGCAUUUAGUUGUUCUUACAGGCAUAUGAAGCUAUACCAACACAACUUUGAUGGGGAUAUGUUACAAGAAUAAGAUUCACUUGUAAAAUGGGCUUAAUGUUUUCAAGACAAGCAUUUCUUUUAUUUUGCUGCAUUUGGUGUAUUGAAGUGAAGGAGGUCAAUGAUGUUGUUAUUGAUAAUAAGACUGGAGAAAGAAGGAAGGUUGUAGAGAAAUGAAAAUAUAUGGCAACUUAGAGAAAACAU